UUUUUUUUUGGCCCUUCUGCUUUUUCUGGCAUCGUGACAUCUCAUUGUUGAUUAACCAUGGAGACGGUUGGAACGGAAACUCCCAUCGAUCCUUCUUUGAACGGUAACGCGAUCAGCGAAGAACAGGCCAACGAUGCAGGCGUGACCGAAUCGAUGGUGAAGGAGGAAUCGCAGCUUGCAGAGACCACCAAGCAAGAAGAAGAAGAACGCAUUCAAGUAGAGGCUCAAGUUCAAUUUGACACAACGGUCAAGGAACAACGUAUGAAGCGUUUGCACUUUUUGCUGGACAAAUCCAGUGCGUAUGCCACUAUCCUUGGUCAGAAAUUGGCCAAGCAACAAGAAGAAGCGCGUGAAAAAGCCGCCAAAGUCGAUGCCACCAAAGCAAAGCAAGACGCGCCCAAAGCCAGCGCAACCAAAGCCAGCACCGCCAAAACCAAACGCCAGCAGCCUUCGCGUAAACGUAAAGCUAACGAUGCCGAAUACAGUCUUGGCGAUUAUAUUGACGAAGAUGAAGUGAAACGUCGCAAGCAAUCGGACGGCAACAUUGGCAAGGCCAUUAAAGAGGAGAAUCUUCGACAGACUGACGUUGAGACCAAAACCAAGCCUACCGUGUCUGCGCGUCAACCGUUGCUGGUGACAGGUGGUGUGCUGCGCGAUUACCAACUGGCGGGUGUGGAAUGGCUUAUCAGUCUUUGGGAAAACGGUCUCAACGGUAUCCUGGCCGACGAAAUGGGUCUUGGCAAAACAUUGCAAACCAUCAGUUUUAUUGCUCAUUUGAAAGCGAUGAAUGUGUCUGGACCCUACUUGAUUGUCACUCCGCUCUCGACACUGGCAAACUGGGUCAACGAAUUCAAAAGAUUUGCGCCUGGGAUUUCUGUGAUUCUGUAUCACGGAUCGAAAGAGGAACGACAACAUAUGGUGAAUCGCAAAAUGCCCAAGAAGAAGGAAACCGAUUUCGAUUUCCCCAUUGUGGUCACCAGUUACGAAAUUGUUAUGAAUGAUCGCAAACAUUUGCAACGUUACAACUGGAAAUACAUCGUGGUCGACGAAGGUCACCGUAUCAAGAAUCUCAACUGCAAGCUCAUCAAGGAGCUAAAGUCGUAUUCCAGUGCCAACCGUUUGCUGCUCACCGGCACACCUUUGCAGAACAAUCUGGCAGAACUGUGGAGUUUGCUCAAUUUCUUAUUGCCGGAUAUCUUUGAUGAUUUGGACAUGUUUCAAUCAUGGUUCGAUUUUUCAGACAUCAAUCAAAAGAGUGGCCAAGAUCGCAUUAUGAGAGAAGAAGAAGAAGACAAUAUCGUCAGCAGCUUACAUACCAUUUUAAAGCCAUUCUUAUUGCGACGUCUUAAAACUGAUGUCGAGCAUUCAUUGCCAAAAAAGAAAGAAUAUCUGCUGCAUGCUCCUUUGACGCAAGCUCAAAAGAACUUGUACGAUGCUAUUCUCAAACGUGAUUUGCGUGAUUAUUUGAUCAAGCGCAAGACGAAGACGGAUGACGAUGAAGAAAAUACUAAUGCCGAUGAAAACCAAGAGGUGGACACCAACGACAGCAAGCGUAAAACGGGCCGACCAUUGAAAACCUUGAGUUACAAGGAAACAUCUGAUCGCCAAUACUUCAAGGACUUGGAAAAGACCAACAAUAACGUUGCCAUUACCGAUACGGCCAUUGCAGCGGCUGGAAAACAAGAUUUCGUCUCCAAAGCAGUGAAGCAUGUGAAUAGUCUUCAUUUACAAAACCUUGUGAUGCAACUGCGUAAAGUAUGUAAUCAUCCUUUCCUAUUUGAUUGGCCCAUCGAUCCAAAGACCAAUCAACCUGUCCUGAGUAACGAGCUGGCUGCGCAAUCGGGCAAGGUGCUGCUUUUGGAUCGCUUGUUAACUGCUUUAUUCGAUCGCGGACAUAAAGUGCUGGUGUUUAGUCAGAUGACGAAAAUGCUGGAUAUUCUGGAAGACUGGGCUACGGAACUCAAGGGCUGGCGGAUCUGUCGCUUGGACGGCAGCGUGAAACAGGACGUGCGACGACAGCAAAUUGAUGAAUUCAACGAUCCCAGCAGUGAUAUCAAACUCUUUUUAUUAUCCACUCGUGCCGGUGGUCUCGGUAUUAACCUGACCGCAGCAGAUACCGUGGUUAUCUUUGACAGUGACUGGAAUCCGCAAAUGGAUCUCCAAGCGCAGGAUCGCGUCCAUCGUAUCGGACAAACCAAACCUGUUCUUGUCUAUCGCUUGGUCGCCGCCAAUACCGUGGAAGCCAAGAUUCUCGAACGCGCCACUGCCAAGCGACGACUGGAGAAAUUGGUGAUUCACAAAGGCAAAUUCAAGACGCCAAUUUCUAGUAUGGGAGGAUCCAAGAAGGAACAGGAAACGACGGUGCGUGAGUUGGCCGAAAUCCUGGCAUCGGAAGAUGGGGAACGGAUACAAAUUGUCGCUCAGGGUGAUAAAGUAAUUUCAGACGAAGACUUGGAGAAAUUGUUGGAUCGAAGCCCGGCCGUGUUCCAAGUCAAGAACGACAGCACAUCGGGUGGAUUCCGAGAAAUGGAUACCGCCGAACUUAAUGACCACAAGAACGAAAUUCUUGCCACACGCAACUAAAUCAGAAACAAGCAACUCCCCCUUUUCAACCAGAACCAUGAUUCCCGCAUUUCCUUAACCCCUUUUCUUUCUUUCUCUUCUAUUUCUAUUUAUUGAAUGAUGAAGGCGUUACGAUGAGAUGUUGACAGAAGAAACAAAGAGGGGGAAAUCGGGAAAUGAAGAAGAAAAAAAAAAAACCAGCAUUUGAAAAAAAAAAAAAAAAAAAAAAUAUGAAAUUAAAA